UGGCUGAGGAAUUCUGGGAGUUGAAGUCCACAAGUCUUAAAGAGGCCAAGGGUUGGAGACCCCUGGUUUAACGUAACCCGUGUCUUUUAAGUGGCUCUUCUUUUGGGCGACUCAUGCUCGGAGAGGAAUCGUCGGUUAAGCAGAUCCGGAUCCCGCUCACUUUCGUUCACUCCUUCAUUUAUUAAUAAAAGGGGCGGCCUACAACCAAUAAAACAGCACAGAAUCGGCAGCAAUACAAUUAAAAGCUUUUCCCCAAGAUUAGCCCAGGCACAGCUCCAUUGUCUCUGGGCGAAGAACCAUCAACGGCGGCAGCAGCACCCGACAUUAACCUCCUCUAAAGCAGCGUUUCUCCACCUCACCAUUUUUAAUUCUGGGGAGUUGAAGUUUUAAGUUGUAGAUCUUUAAAAAAAAAAGUUGUGGAAACAAUGCUAGAGGGAAUGACGGGCUCCUGCAUGUCCUCUUGGCGCAGGAAGUUUCGCCAUUUAUUUUAAUCUAUGGAAGGAAGGAAGGAGAAAUCGUGUGACGGGCCAGUUGCCUGUAGUUCCUGCUCCUCGGCUGUUCCUCUUGAUCUCCCUUACGAUGCGGUCCUUGGUGGGGUUCUUGCUGAUCCUGGCAGCGGCCACCUCGGGUCUUUAUUUGCUAACUGCCUGGCUGCCUGGAGGGCCGCACGCGGGAAGCAGGUCAUUAAAAUUCCCUUCAGAUCUAGAGGAACUACAAGAACUUGCAGAGUUUCUUCAGUACUACAAUAAAGAGCACCAUGCAUACGUGAUUCUGCUUUUCUGCAGUGCUUACCUGUACAAACAAACCUUUGGCAUACCAGGCUCUGGCUUUCUGAACAUCCUUGCUGGGGCUCUCUUUGGACCAUGGAUAGGACUUCUAUUAUGUUCUAUUUUGACUUCUGUGGGUGCUACUUGUUGCUAUGGACUAUCCAAUAUUUUUGGAAAAAGCUUUGUUACCUACUAUUUUCCUGAUAAAGUCACCAUGCUUCAGAGGAAGGUAGAAGAAAAUAGACAUUCUUUGUUCUUCUUCUUGUUAUUUUUGAGGCUGCUCCCCAUGACUCCAAACUGGUUUCUGAAUCUUGCAUCACCAGUCUUGAACAUCCACGUGGCUCAGUUUUUCUUCUCUGUUCUCAUAGGAUUGAUUCCUUAUAAUUUUAUCUGUGUCCAGACAGGCUCUGUACUUUCACAGAUAUCUUCCCUGGAUAACAUUUUAUCCUGGAGUAACUUAUUCAAGAUGUUGGCUAUAGCCAUGAUGGCAUUAAUCCCUGGGACUUUUAUUAAGAAAUUCAGUCACAAACAUCUCAAUUUAGAUAAAAGUGAAAAGAAAAGUCACUUGCUGAAUGGAAGGAAAUGCAACUGAAUAGACCAUCCUUAAACAGAUAUCGGACAAUAUGGAAUUCUAUUUAAGGGAGAAUUGCUAUUUUGAAUGAGCAGUUCUGUUGUCACUGAACUUUGGACUUAUCACUGUUUUAGGCAUCCUCUUUUGCUAAUAUAUAAAGAUGAGUCUUUAAAAAUGCUGUUUUUUAGAAAAGAGCUGAGACUGGUAUGUCCCAUUUUAUAAAAUUACUUGUGAUCCAGUUUAUCCAGAAGUUGGAAUUUGAGGGGCCAAGUGGACCUGCAUCUAUUGAUUUGAGUAAAUCUAAAUCCUAGCAUCACUCAGGAAGUAAGCCUGAAAUUGCUUGCCAGAUGAACAGCAUUUGUUUUGCACAUGAAACAGUUACAAUGUGGUAUUUGGGCCAAAUACUGAUUUGUUUAAAUAAUGGCAAUGAAUUGUUUUUCCUCCCAAUAUGAGGAAUGCAGUGAAUUUUUGUAUUAUUUUACCUGUUGGAAUAUCACAAAGAAGAAAAAUGAUAUAGAGGGCGCUACCGCCAUGCAGGAAUGGCUUGCCUCUUAUCGUUCUCAUUAUUAAAAUUUUAAUAAGUAUCAUAUUUUAUGAUUUCCUAUAUAAGGUAACAUGAAAUGUCUGUGGGGUCUAGAAGAUUUCAGGUUAAGUCUGAAGAAAUUUUCUAACAGUAUGCUCUAUGGAAAAUUGCAUUUUUCACUUUUCAGAGUAAAAUCUUUAUCUUUACAUAAUUGUUAUAUUAAGCAGAAAAGAAUAUACUUUGAAUAUAAUAAUUGAAAUUGUUAUAUUACUUAUUUGUUCAAUCCAGUGUUUCAUAGUUGGGAAAAUCCUAUUUUAAUACGGCCCUUGUUCUUAAUCCAAGUGUUAGCUGACCCCAUAUUGCCCUGAAUUUCCUAUUUGAAAAUGGCCUUGGUCUUGCUUGUCUCUGCAUCAAACUGCAGCUUCAGAAUUCAGGAAAGAUCCUUGUUUUCAUUCUUUUUGUACUACAACAAAGAAAUGGAUAGAAGACGGGACAUUAAGGAAAGUGAUAAGGUUUUGUUUGCCUGAUGUCCGCAAUGAUGUAAGUUUGCCAUUUUAGAAAUCAAAGCAAGCAGAAGGUUCUGUAUCAGUUACUGGAUUUUCUGUGAAUAUUCCCCUAGUUCAUUUGAGGUGGUCUUUGCUACACUUUAAAUCAGAAGUGGGGAAUGAUGGCCCCUUUAUGACUUGUGGAGUUCAACUCCUACAACUUUUUGACUUGUGGAUUUCCAUGGCUGGCUCAGGAAUCCUGGGAGUUGAAGUCCACAAGUCAUAAAGGAGAUAUCGUUCCCCACCCCUGCUCUAAACAAAUGUCAAUAUUGUAUUAAACGUAUCAGUCUUCUCAGCAAACCUCUUAGGAUGGUUUCUGUUAAAUCUUUGUACAUGUGGUGUGCCAAGAAAACAGUAAUAAAAGAUGAUCUGAAAAAUA